CUUUUUUCUUCAUAUUUCCUUCUAUAGUUUCUCGUUUAAAAAGUUUCUUACAAAAACAUUUUAAAAUCUGUAAUCAUAUAUGGCACCACCACCUCCUUCACCACCACCUGUUUCAUUGAAGGUAGUAAACCUUCUACUGAGGGUUCUGACGGCAAUUUUCCUAGUUAUAUCUGUCAUCGUCCUCACCACCAACAGCGUAACCAUCGGAUCUAUCAAAUUUCAUUUCAAUGAUGUUUAUGCUUAUAGAUAUAUGCUAGCUGCAGCCGUCAUCGGACUGAUUUACGCUGUCAUACAACUUAUAUUCACAAUCUGCCAAUUCGCCACUGGAGUGACAAACUCAUUUAAUUAUCAACUCGAUUUUUACGGUGACAAAGUAAUAUCAUAUCUAGUGGCGACGGGUUCGGCAGCUGGAUUUGGAGUAACCAAAGAUUUGAAAGAUGCAUUUAUAGCAUUGGUCGCAUUAGAUUCGACUGAUCCUGUUGAUGAGUUCUUCAGCAAAGGAUAUGCAUCAGCCAGUCUUCUUCUCUUUGCUUUCCUCUGUCUCGCCGUUUUAUCUGUUUUCUCGUCUUUAGCCAUUGCCAAACGAUCAUUUUAAUUCUCAUCAUGAAAAACACAAAUUAAUGCUUUAAAAUCUGAUUUGAUUAUAUAGCUUUGUCCCAAUGUUAUGUGUUGUUAUUCAUUCCGUAAACAACUUACGAUUGUUUUUGUUACCAAAG